UGUUUUUUUCUUGUGUGAACAAAGAGCUUUGAAUUUUCUCUUUGAUUCUCAAAAUUCAUCAAAUCUUUGAGCUUGAAUUUACCUCAAGAACCCAAAAAACUCAUGUUUUUUCUCAGUCAACUCAUCAACCAACUGCCAAUCCAGCAAGGAUUUGUCUAAUCAUUGCUGUUUGUCCAUCUGUGUGUCUCUAAAUUUGAUUAAAGAUACCAUUUUUCCAUCUGGGUGUCUCUCAAUUUGAUAAAAAAGUUCCAUUUUUCCAUCUGGGGUUUGCUCAAUUUGGUUAAAGAAUCGAUUUUUCCAGCUGGGUUUUGCUCAAUUUGGUUAAAGAAUCGAUUUAUCCAACUGGGGUUUGCUCAAUUUGGUUAAAGAAUCGAUUUUUGUGCAUAUGGGUCAUCAGAAAGAGGAAUUAAUCAACGAGCUGACGGAGUUAAUCGAUGGGGUUUCUGGUUUACCGGAGUGCCGGUCAGUGUCUAAGAGGAUGUACAGUAAUUUGGUGAGAAGAGUGAAGCUUUUGAGUCCUUUAGUUGAGGAUUUGAAAGAUAGUGAUGGUGUUGAGGUUGGAGAUGAUGUUGUUCAUGGGCUUGAGUUGUUGAGAAUUGCUAUUAUUUCAGGUUUGGAGCUUCUCAAAUCUGUAAAUGAAGGCAGUAAGAUUCUUCAGGCUUUACAGAUCGAGAACAUAUCAUCAAGGUUUCUAAAUGUGACAGAGCAAAUUGAAGAUGCACUACGCCACAUUCCUUACAAUAAGCUUGAUUUAUCGGAGGAAGUUCGAGAACAAAUUGAACUUGUGCAUGCUCAAUUUAAAAGAGCCAUAGGAAAGAUGGAGUCACCUGAUGAGCAACUUGAAAAGGAUUUAGCUAUGGCACAAAGGGAACAAUAUCCUGACCCCAUGGUUUUCAAACGACUGUCUGAGAAACUGCAUCUUAGGACCAUAAAUGAUCUAAAGAAGGAGUCGCUUGCCAUCCAUGACAUGGUCAUUUCUAGUGGAGGAGACCCCGAAGAGUGUUUUGAAACAAUAGCAUACCUCCUAAGAAAGCUAAAGGACUGUGCGAUGACAGAGAAUCCUGAACUGGAUGCCCUUGAGGGUGACAAGAGUUUGAUUAAGCACAGAUCUCCUGUUAUUCCGGAUGACUUCCGUUGUCCAAUAUCACUUGAGUUGAUGAAAGAUCCUGUUAUUGUAUCUACCGGACAGACCUAUGAAAGGUCGUGCAUCCAAAAAUGGCUGGAUGCAGGACACAAGACCUGCCCUAAGACUCAGCAGACACUGUUGCACACUGCGUUGACUCCAAACUACGUUCUGAAGAGCCUGAUUGCGUUGUGGUGUGAGAGUAAUGGUGUUGAGCUGCCUAAAAACCAAGGAACUUGUAGGAAUAAAAGGACUGGAGCUGGUGGUUCGGACUGUGACCGUGUUGCUAUUGAUGCGUUAUUACAAAAACUUGCUAAUGGUAAUCCGGAGCAGCAAAGAGCAGCUGCCGGUGAGCUCCGUUUGCUAGCAAAAAGAAAUGCUGAUAACAGAGUCUGCAUUGCUGGAGCCGGGGCAAUUCCUCUACUUGUUGAACUACUAUCAUCAUCAGAUUCUCGUACUCAGGAGCAUGCUGUCACCGCACUUCUUAACCUAUCCAUAAAUGAAGGUAACAAGGGAACUAUCGUAAAUGCUGGUGCUAUACCUGAUAUAGUAGAUGUACUAAGAAAUGGAAGCAUGGAAGCAAGGGAAAAUGCAGCCGCUACCCUUUUCAGUUUAUCAGUAGUUGAUGAAAACAAAGUGGCAAUAGGAGCAGCCGGUGCUAUCCCAGCGCUUAUCGAUUUGCUCUGUCAUGGAACCCCAAGGGGAAAAAAGGACGCUGCCACUGCUAUAUUCAACCUCUCUAUCUAUCAAGGGAACAAAGUGAGGGCAGUACGGGCAGGAAUUGUUCCACCACUAGUAAGAUUACUCAAGGAUCCCGGGGGUGGAAUGAUGGAUGAAGCACUUGCGAUAUUGGCAAUACUAGCAAGUCAUCAGGAGGGUAAGGCAGCUAUUGCUCAGUCUGAGCCACUCCCCGUCUUAGUUCAGGUAAUUAGGACAGGUUCUCCUCGUAACCGAGAGAAUGCUGCAGCUAUUUUGUGGUCUCUAUGUACAGGUGAUGUACAGAGCUUAAAGAUCGUUAGGGAGCUUGGAGCAGAAGAGGUACUGAAGGAACUAUCGGAGAAUGGUACAGAUAGAGCUAAAAGAAAAGCCGGAAGUGUUUUGGAGCUUCUUCAACGAGUCGAUCCAGUUGAAUCAUAACACUAGAUUAAUCUGUGCUAAGACUCUCUUUUGCAGCUAUCAAGAGGAAUGUAUGAAUCUUGAAGGAUUAAUUCUACCUGAGAACUUCAUGGAGGUCAGACAAUCCAGUAACUUAACUGUACCGCGAUUCUGACACACGAACGGAGAAAGAUCCCUUAUGAAGUCAGCAAUGUUUUUCUCUAUAUGUAUAUUUUUCACUUCUUUUUGAAACCUUGGUCCAGGAGCAAAGGCUUGUUUUUUCAUGUUAGUGUUUAUAGCUGUAAUCGAUAUAAUGUUUGUUGUUUAUACUUUUCAUCUUAGUGUUUGAUUAUGAAAGCAAUGUCACUUCCACUUUUGAUGAUGAAAUGAAGAAAAAAAUUUAUCACCGUAA